AUGGCGAGUUAUACUUUUCUAAUGGAUGUUGGAAACGCAUCGCUUACGGACUCGGAAGUUUCUUCCAUGGUGAAACUUUCUGUAACCGGAAGUGGCUUCUCAUUGGUCGGAACCAUGUUGUCUUUGUGCUUGAUUUGUUUUCUACCAGUUGCAUCAGACGGCAUGUUUAUUCUUAUAAAUAUGAACGUUUCACUAAUUGGUGCUCAGCUAGCAUUGAUCGGUGCAGAGAAUUCCUUUCAAAGCAAACUGGUGUGUAGGACAGCUACUGCUGUGAUUCAUUAUUUCUUCCUCACUCUUCAAUUUUGCUCUCUGUCUUAUGGACUCCAUUUACUCUCAAAGCUGAAGUCACUGGCCUUCAUGGAGAGGUGCCACAAGCGUGUGACGGCCCUGUUUAUCUGUUGGGUGCCCGCCAUGGUAGUUGUGGGAUUGACGGCGGCUCUGAGGGGGGACACCUACGGAACAGGAUCACUAUGCUGGUUAACGGCUGAAAAAGGAACUCGCUGGGCAUUUGUUGGUCCCACUCUAGCCAUACAGUUGGUCAAUCUAAAUGUAUUUGGUUUAAUAAUGACCACAAGAUUUGCAAUGGAUGUCAAAAGGAACUUUGGAUUCAGACGUGUUGCAAAGAACCAACUCUUGACUGCAAUGUCCCUUAUCCCUGUCCUUGGCCUCAUGUGGUCCCUUGGGCUAGCCACAACAUUUGGAAUCUCCAGGACCACCCAAUACGUAUUUGUGGCCCUGUGCUCCACUCAGGGAAUGUGCAUCUUCCUUGGUCACGUGCUGACAAAUAGUCACGUGAGAAGGUUGCUGUGCAUAAAGAUAAAACCGGAAGAAGAUAACGAUGAGGACGCCUCGGUGACCAACGAAAUUAGUAAUGAGGUCACCUACGUAUCUCAACUCUCUGAAAUGAGGGAGAUGCCUAGAGGUAGCUUAACAAACAACGAGAAAGAGAGGGAAGUCGAGAAAGAAAGAAGUCUGUCUGAAACGGACAUACAGGUCUCUCCUAAGAACCUGCUUAACGUUCCCGAGGGAAAAUGCCGACAACGAACGCCAAGACACAGCCUAAAGUAAC